GAAGCUGUAUGCAAACAUGGCGGCGACACAGGGAGAUGUUGAUGAGCUCUUCGACGUGAAAAAUGCCUAUUAUAUCGGCAGUUAUCAACAAUGUAUUAACGAGGCUCAGAAAGUGAAGCCGUCAACACCAGAGAAGGAGGUUGAAAGGGACAUGUUUUUGUACAGAGCAUACAUUGCCCAGAGGAAGUAUGCUGUUGUCCUGGAUGACAUCAAGGCCAACUCUCCACCUGAGCUCCAGGCUGUCAAGAUGUUUGCAGAGUAUCGGUCCAGUGAAAGCAAACGGGAUGCUAUUGUUGCCGAUCUAGACAAGAACAUGGGUAAGAGCGUGGAUGCUGCCAACACCACCUUCCUCCUCAUGGCCGCCUCCAUCUACUUCCAUGAGAUGAACUGUGACGCCGCUCUCAGGACUCUGCACCAAGGAGAAAGCCUCGAGUGCAUGGCCAUGACCAUUCAGGUUUUGCUGAGUCUGGAUCGUCUGGAUCUGGCAAGGAAGGAGCUGAAGAAGAUGCAGGAGCAGGAUGAAGAUGCUACUCUCACCCAGCUCGCCACGGCUUGGGUUAACAUCGCUGUGGGUGGAGAGAAGCUCCAGGAUGCCUACUACAUUUUCCAGGAGAUGUCAGACAAGUACUCGACUACUCUGCUGCUCCUGAACGGGCAGGCGGCUUGCUACAUGGCUCAGAACAAGUGGGAGGAGGCGGAGGGAGUCCUGCAGGAGGGGCUGGACAAAGACAGCAGUCACCCUGAGACGUUGAUCAACCUCAUCGUGCUGACUCAGCACCUGGGCAAAGCUCCCGAGGUAACUAACCGGUACCUCUCUCAGCUGAAGGAUGCCCACAGAGCCCAUCCAUUCCUGAAAGACUACUUAGCUAAGGAGAAUGAGUUUGACAGACUAGUGAUGCAGUUCGCUCCCAGCGUUACAGCAUAAGACGUCUGCUUUUCACCGAGACCCCUCUCCACAGUAUAUCACCAUGAAGUUCCCUUUAUAACUUGUGCUUGUUUUGAUAUUUUUACAUGUCAAAUUAAAACUGUAGCUGCAUAUUUAAACCACAACAGAAGUCAUAAUUCCCCCUGGCUGUAGAUGCAACGACUCUUCUUAUUCAUUUGAAUUUCUCUCAUUGAAAUCAACAUCUCUUUUAUUGUAAGCAUUCCAUUUAAAUCAUAAUAAAUGUUUAUUGACAUGCAU